AAAAGAAAAUAAAAAUCUUGUGCAGUUCGAGAUAUUAGCGUCGUGUCGCCGUCUCACCGCGCCUCGUAACUCGCCGCCGCCCUCACCGCGCGGCUGCUCUCCGACCGAUCCACCGGAGCCAUGAGCUGCGCGGCGGUCUGGGUCCCUUCCCCCUGCUCGCCCUCCCCCGUGCCGCCGCGGCACCGGCGGGGGCGAUGGCGGCGGGGGAGCGCCUCCUCCUCGUCGUCCUCCGCCUUCCGGGCCUGCGCGGGCGGGGACGCGUCCGGCGACGGCGGCGGCGGAGGGCGGCCGGCGCGGAUGGUGCUGCACGACUCGCUCGAGGGGGCGGGGGUGUCGACCGAGCACGCGAGGGCGGCGAGGGAGGGGUUCGCGAAGCAGGUCGGGAGGCUGACGCGGCUGGACGCCGAGACCAGCAUCGCCAUCAGCCGCGGCGCGGACCUCGCCCGCGCCGCGCUCUGCGUCGCCGCCGAGGACGACUCGCUCGUCUCCCACUCCUCCGUGCCGCUCCCCGUCGAGGCCUUCGUCUCCCGCCUCGACGACCUCUCCACCGGCUUCCUCGCCGACGGCUACCUCCCGCCCGCCGGCGCGCCGCCCCAGGUCUUCCUCGACCACCUCGACCGCUACCUCUACGUCCACAAGGGGUUUCGGAGAAAAAAUGGAUCGUCAGAUGGGCGGGCAAUAUAUCUUCACUCGGUUCUGACGUGCCGGUUGGGAUCAGCUCUAAUGCUCUCGUUGAUAUACUCCGAGAUACUGAAGAUGCUACGAUUGUAUGGCUUACUGGAAUUCAAUGUGGAGAUUUUCUUUCCACAUGAUCUCAACAGUCUGCCUAGGGGUUAUGACAAACACAAAAGCAAGUUGGGCGAUGAACCGCAUAUUAUGACAUCAAAGUCACUUUUGGUUGAGAUUUUGAAAACUCUGAAGAAUACAUUUUGGCCUUUCCAGUCCAACCAGUCUGGUAGCUUAUUUUUAAAUGCUGUUUCUGCAAACCAACAUGGCCCUGGUAAUGUAGGUGAUAAUCAAACAACGCCACAUGGCAAUAUAAGUACCAUAGAGAUGGCUGCUGCAAAAGCUGCUCAACAUAGGUUGAUGCGUGGAGUAUGGACUAAUGUCCGGUUUGGUGAUAUGCGGCGUGCUUUAGCAGCAUGUGAACGACUUAUCCUACUGAACCACGAUCCCCGUGAACUGAGGGAUUAUGCCGCCCUUCUCUACCACUGUGGGUACUAUGAAGACUGCCUGCAAUACUUGGCAUCAUACCAAACCGCAGUGGCUGGGCAGCAUUGGAACAAUCCGCUGGAGAUCAUGGAGGACGAAGCGGUGAACACCCUGAGAGCGCGGGUAAGCUUGAUUUUAGCAGAGGAUGGCUGGAGCAGCCGCAGAUCACCUGCCACGAGUUACUGGACGAAGAACUCCGAGCCGUGGUAGAAUUAGAUAGGACGAUGCGUUACAUGUGUAUACGGUUUUACUGAAACAACACGAGCUUGUACAUAUAAUUUCGAUGGCAUUUUCGCAAUCAUUUGUACUGGAUGAAGUGAGCUCAUGAAUCAUGAUGAUGCUACCAUCUCUUCCCUCUAAUGGUUAUAAUGCUUUCUAAAUUCGCUCCGCAA